CAACAACAAUGGCCUCCUUAAUUUUGGAGAAAUUUUGGGGAAUUUUUAAACACAAAACCGGCAAUGUUAUUGGAAUGAUUCAUAUAAAAGCACUUCCAGGUUUCCUUAUCUUAGAAUACGUGUUAGGGGUUGACCAUAAAAUAUGGAUACUCAUUAAGCAUCUGUAGAUAUAUUCGGAAACGGUUCAUCAGUACUUUACUAAGACUUUGACUUUGACUUAGUUUAGCCUACAUGAUAAUAAUAAUGAUAUGUUAUAAGUUAUAGUUAUAGUUAUUGUGAUAGUAUUGACAUUGAUAGUCAUCUCAUACAGAUAGAGUUAGUAUAACUAUAGUUCAGACUAUGGACUAUGGUUAUAUUUAUAUUAUAUCAUAGGCUGGUAAUAUACAAUAUAUAAAUAAAAUUUUAAAUAUUACAUAUUUUUAUCUGAGGGCGAGGGGCUGGGCGUUGGAGUCAUAGGCAUAGGCUUUUCAGGCGUGGCAUAGUCAUAGGUAUCUUGUUCCACUAUUUAUUUACUUCAACUUUACUUUAUUUAAGUGAGGACUAUUCUAGACCAGCAAAAUGAAACCUCAUACUCUUAUUGGUCUUAGUCAUUCAAGUCACUGGUUUGUUUGGAUGAUGUACUGUAAAUGUAACGAUAAUCUACCACUUCAGCAUUGGUUAUUAUAACUCGUGUUGUUCCGGUUUGUUUGAAGUGCUGUUUAAAUAGUUAUUCCUGAAUAGUACAGUGGAGAGGGCGACUUGGUUAUCUGUGUAAUAGAAAGAAAGAGUGAUAGCUUUUUUUUCAUUGAAGUGCCAGACCCAUAUGCGAUCAUGAUACAAUAGUGCAUAGAGAGACCCUUGUUAGCUCAUUUAUUGUAUUAGACAGAUGGGCCACUUUUGCAAACAUAAACCAGAUCAUGUGUGGAAUUUAAGAACACUCCAUUGUGGUCCAUCAUCAACAAAAUUUUGUCAUUCCAAAUGAUAAUGACGCUGGUGUCCACACAGAAUUUUUGAAAUAUGUGUGUGCCCGCAAAACUCUAACUGAAAAGACAGUUUGGCACAAGCCAUAAUCUGCUCCAUUCAUAUUUGGAUGAGUUCAUAUUCCGUAGUCUAUUUCAUGGAUAAGAUAUAAACUAAAAUUCUGAUUUCUUUUCAUACUUUAAAAAUUGUUUAAGUUUUUCUAUUAUAAAAAUUAUUACAUUGUUUAAAUGGUUUCUAUUUUUUAAAUUUUGUCCUUUAGAUACAUGCUGAAAUGAAUACGUACAAUGUAAUUAAAAUCAAUAAAAGAAUUUUAUCUUAUCAAUAAAAGAAUAACCUUUUAAAUAGAAUAGCACUUCAAACCUGAACAAUACAUUUUUUUAAUAACCAGCCGAACUUGCGACUGCGUCAAGACUAAGAUUAAAGAAAUGAACUUUUUUUUUAAAUAGAUUUUCUUUAUCUCUCCAUGUCUGUAUUUGACAGGAACUCCCCAAAACAGUCAUUCAGUCCAAGAUAUUGUUAAUAUUGCAUGUCAGGAAGCAACACUUUACAAAAAUGCUAAUGUAGUAAGUUGGUUCAACUGUUGAAGCUCUUUAUAAUCACUAAUUUAGAUUGUUUCAAAUUAACAUGUUUCUUUUCUUGAUUGAUGACUUUAUAUUAUCAAACUUGAACUUGCCACCUUUUAUAAUUAAUUUCAAUUUAAUGUUGUUUACAAUUUUUUUUUAAAUAUUGAACUUAGAUCUUGCCUUAGAAACCCUCUUUCUCUAUUCCAGGAUGCAGUGAUUCUAGAGAAUAUGCAUGACAUUCCCUAUGUUCAGAGUUCAAAAAUUGGUCCUGAAGUGACAUCUGUCUUAACUGUUGUCUGUCAUGAAGUAAAGCGAAUCUUUCCUAACAUACCUGUGGGCAUACAGGUUCUAGCAGGAGCUAAUAAAGAAGCUCUGGCUAUAGCAAAAGCUGCUGGGUUACAGUUUAUUAGAGCUGAGGGUUUUGUAUAUGCACAUGUAGCUGAUGAAGGAUUGAUGAAUUCAUGUGCUGGCGAGCUCAUGCGAUACAGAAGACAAAUUGAUGGAGAACACAUAAUGGUUUUUACAGAUAUUAAAAAAAAACACAGGUUAGUUUUUUUAUUUUUUUGGAUAGGGAUUUAUGCCAUUAAUUUAAGCUUGAUUUGAAAACAAAAUAAAGGGAAGAAUUUAAUACAUGUUCUUUUAAUAUCCAUGUCUUAAACUUGAUACAAUGCCAGUACCAUAACAUACCAAAAAUACAGGUAAAUACACAAAAUAAGUUUAGUGCAAAUGGGAUGAAAUAAUGUUUACCUUCGCGGCCCGCAAAGUAAUGAAAUAUUCUUUAUUAUUAUUUUUUUCUUAAUAGCUUCCCCCCUCUGUCCUAUUAUCUUUCGGCCUGCACAAGUUUUUUCAUAUUGUAUUUCGGCCCUCACAAACUUUUGAGUUGUGCAGGCCUGCCUAAAGGUAUUGACUUAACAAAUUAAUUAUGAAAAGUGAAGCUGUUUGAAUUGGCUCUUGGGCCUUUUAAUAUUUUUUCUGAUGUGGAAAUUCACAGAAAUGCAACCAAUGCUCUGCUUCAUGGGGAAAAAAAAGUCUGUUGUCACGCAUGUUUCAAUGCUAACAUCACCACCUUUCGUUUUGUUCUUUUAAGUUUAGAAACUUGAGCUUAAUUAGGUAUUUGAUGAAAUGGGUGUUUGGGGUUCAAAGAAUCCUUCAUCAACUAAGUGUGGCAUGUUGCCGCCACACUUUCCUUUGACAGCAGCCACCCCCAGAUGCUCUCUCCCAACUCCAUCAGACAAAUCAAUAGUAACUUUAUGUCUUCUUUAUUGUGAGGGCCCACGAUCAAUGUAUUGAUCAAUCUGGCUCCUAUUUAUGUAGAGUGAAUUCACUAUGUUUCUGUGCUUGGUUUUGAAGAGGAUACUUACUAGUUGCAAGGUCAGGGUAUCAGGAGCUGGGGGUUGGAAGGCAGGAGGUAAUAGAUGCAAAUGUCUCAAGUGCUGUCGCCUCAACUUUUCCUUUUGGAACCUUGUUCCAGUCCCUGAUUUUCUUUGGCGGGAAUGUUCUUGCUGUUAUGAGCCAGAUCCGCCCGUCAUGGCUUUGUCCCUGUCUAUAGGGGAGCGAGACAAGUUUCUGUUAAAUGCUGGAGAAGUGGACCAGUCCAUUUUUUAUCUUGAAAAUCAUGGAGAGCCUGGAUAAGCGUCAACGUUCUUUCAAUGGUCCUGGUCAGAACUGUUUUUGAUCGUCUGGAAACCUCAUCUGUGAACAGUCUUGCUUGUGAGGUCAACUUCUUGAGCAGGUCAUUGAUGUAUGCUAAGAACAAACAGACGCCUAGAACUGAGCUAUUAAUUUUUGUAAUUUGUGUUUCCAUAUUCAGGACUGAUGAUUUCUAAUGCUUAAUGUUAUUUGUUGAAUCAAAUUUCAAUAAAAUUAACCUAAGUUAAAUUUUUUUAAAUGUGAAGAGAAGUAAACAUUUAAUUUUAACAGAUAUCCAAUGGCUGCACUCACCUCAGGGACUAUACUUUCCUCAUCCCUGAACUAGAUAAUAAAAUAUUUAUAUUUUCUAGUUCACACGCUAUAACCAAUGAUGUGGAUAUUGUGAACACAGCCCAAGCUGCAGAAUUUUUCUUGAGCGAUGGCGUCAUUGUUACAGGGGAUGCUACUGGAAAAGCAACAAGCAGUACUGAGGUUAAAGGUAAAUUACAGCAUAAGUCUUACUCUCUCUAAUCUCUCCAAUUGUAUAUGUAGUAUGCCAUUGGCCUUGGACGCUGGAAAAAUACACAUGGAGUGAAAAUUAGUCUGGAGGUUUUGCCAUUUGCCGCACACAUUGAGUGACAAUUAGUCUGGAGUUGUUGCCAGUUGCCACACACAUGGAGUGAUAAUUAGUCUGGAUGUGAUGCCAGUUGCCACACACAUGGAGUGAUAAUUAGUCUGGAGGUGUUGCUACACAGAUCCUUUACAUUACAUAGGGUACAGUGUGGUGCAUGGAUGAACAAUGAUCUCUCUCAACUAUAUAUGCAUGAAAAUCCUCAGAUGGGAAGCUCUGCACAUCUGGCUGAACAUAAAAGACCAUUGGAAAGUUAGUACAAUUUUCUAUUAGCAUAUUUUAGGCGUGAGCUAGUUGCACUCUGAAGAUAAAAAUCUUAUGAGUAUUUACAAAGGCAACAUUCCAGGGUAAUAAUUUCACCCCAGCUGGCACCAUUCCAGGGUAAUAAUUUCACCCCAGCUGGUAACAUUCCAUGGUAAUAAUUUCACCCCAGCUGGCAGCAUUCCAUAGUAAUAAUUUCAUCCCAGCUGACAACAUUCCAAAGUAAUAAUUUAAUCCCAGCUGACAACAUUCCAAAGUAAUAAUUUCAUCCCAGCUGACAACAUUCCAAAGUAAUAAUUUCAUCCCAGCUGACAACAUUCCAGGGUAAUAAUUUCAUCCCAGCUGCCAGCAUACCAGGGUGAUAAUUUCACCCCAGCUGGUAACAUUCCAUGGUAAUAAUUUCACCCCAGCUGGCAGCAUUCCAUAGUAAUAAUUUCACCCCAGCUGCCAACAUUCCAUGGUAAUAAUUUCACCCCAGCUGCCAACAUACCAGGGUAAUAACUUAAUCCCAGCUGACAACAUUUCUUGGUAAUAAUUUCAUCCAAACUGUCAACAUUCCAUGGUAAUAAUUUUAUCCCAGCUACCAACAUUUCAUGGUAAUAGUUUCAUACCAGCUGCCAACAUUCUAUGGUAAUAAUUUCACCGCAGCUGACAACAUUCCAAAGAUGUUUAGGUAGAGCGUAUAUGUGUAGCUGUAUCUAUUAUGUGAGAUAUUUGUGAUGUAUUUGGGUAAGUCGAAAUGACUUGUUAGUUUUUGUUGUUGUCAUGGUGGAUUGAUGGCGUACGGUAGAGUUGUAUAAUAUUCAUGGUGUAGCUUGUUGUGUGUUGCGGAUUUCGGUUCGAUGUGUUUUUAAGGAAGUACUUUGAUUUGUGUAACGAAUUUGAUUUUGAGUACAGUAUACAUUACUCGGCCAUGUUGUGAUGAUGUGCAAUAAACUUAUAGUGUGCAACAAACUAUUCAGUGUUUAGUGUAUUGGAAUAACGGAUGGCAUCAGUUGCACUGGUCCGUGGGAUGAAGUCAGAGACAAUAUCCAAACAAGUAUUCAUCCGACAUCAAGGUUAGAUGAACACUCAACAUUAAGAUCUACAUUUCGACAGUGAUGCCUGGCUGUGGAAUGUCUUGGGUGUUCAUUUCAUGUGUGAUGCCUGGCUGUGGAAUGUCUUGGGUGUUCAUUUCAUGUGUGAUGCCUGGCUGUGGAAUGUCUUGGGUGUUCAUUUCAUGUGUGAUGCCUCACUGUAGAAUGUUUUUGGUCUCCAUUCCAUGUGUGAUGCCUGUUGGUCAAGUGAGACACUGUCCACAGUUUUCUCUAAAUACUGAAUGUAGUAUUUUUUAAAUAUCCCCCUGUUGCUUAAAAAAAUAUGGAGUCCAUCCUUUUUCUAAACUCUAGCUAUGGAUUUGGUCCAAGCACCAGUUUCAAAGGUGUUGAGCUCAACAUCAAUUAGUCGGCAGUCCUCCACUUGGCAUUUUUAGUAUGGAUUGACUUCCUUCUUUUCUUAAUGCUGACACAAAUUACCUCAAGAUUGACAAAAUUUACCUUGAGAUUGACACAAUUAACAUUGAGAUUGACAAAAUUUACCUUGAAAUUGACACAAUUAACAUUGAGAUUGACAAAAUUUACCUUGAGAUUGACACAAUUAACAUUGAGAUUGACAAAAUUUACCUUGAAAUUGACACAAUUAACAUUGAGAUUGACAAAAUUUACCUUGAGAGUGACACAAUUUACCUUGAGAUUGACACAGUUUACUUUGAGAUUGACACACUUUAUCUUGAGAUAUGGAACCUUUAAGCAGAUAACAGGGUUUCAGCUGUGAAAUUCAUCUUCUGUAGCUAACAGGUUAAACAUUUUCUCUUGUGCUCUCUAGAAUGUUGUUCACCCCUCGCAUGCAAAGAUGACCAAGGCCAUUUUCGACUUGAGUAGUAGCCUUGACUUUAGUUGCAUUUUGGGUAAAGGGAGGGGGAGCUGCUCAAUUCUCUCAUUUUUGCCUAUUUGAUCCAAUGGCAAGACUUAGUCAAGAUGACUGGAAAGAAGACCAGAUGACCAACAGUGUGUGUGUAUGUCUUUUACUGUGCUCUUUAUGCAUCCUACGUCGCAGAAGUUGUCAGAAUUUUCAUUGUUUCAUUGGGAUAAAGCCUACGGGUUGCCAUCUCCGUGUUUGAUAUCAGAGAUUGCCUUCUUUUAUAUGGGUUGCCAUCCAAGGUUAACGAGUCCCAUCCACCUGGGGUGCUGAUGACAUUUUUGCUUUCUGGGGAGUGAAUUCCAGUCCACUAGCUUGAGAUCAACUCAGUUUAGACCACACAGCCACCCAAGACAUUCCACAACCAAGUAUCACACUUGAGUUCUCUAUUCAACAUUGUCUCAUUUCUCUAUUCAACAUUGUCUCAUUUCUCUAUUCAACAUUGUCUCAUUUCUCAAUUCAACAUUGUCUCAUUUCUCUAUUCAACAUUGUCUCAUUUCUCUAUUCAACAUUUUCUCAUUUCUCUAUUCAACAUUGUCUCAUUUCUCAAUUCAACAUUGUCUCAUUUCUCUAUUCAACAUUGUCUCAUUUCUCUAUUCAACAUUGUCUCAUUUCUUCAUUCAACAUUGUCUGACUUCUCCAUUCUGCAGCUGUUUUAGGUGGUGUAAAUAUCCCUGUUCUGGUUGGAUCUGGGGUAACUAAGGACAACUUCCACCUUUACAAGCAGGCCCAUGCUUUGAUUGUGGGCUCACACUUCAAAAGAUCUGGUCAUUGGCAAGAGGAACUGGACCCCUUGAGGAUUCAAUCAUUCAUGGAAACUGUUAGACAAGUGCGACACAUUCCUGUAGAAUCCACUAUGAUUUUAUAACAAAUGUUAAUGCAUGCCAGAUAUGAGCCUGCAUUCUGUUUUAUUCUAGAAUUUAUACAAUCAAUUCUAGAUUUUUCAAAUUUUUGUGUCAAAACAUUAAUAUUUUAAACUUUAUUCUGGUUUAUCACAUUUGUAG